UCCUCCCCGGAUGCCCCAGAAUCCCCAAAACCCAGGAAUCGCCACACAUUCAUUUUUUCUGGUCGUUCAUGGUUCGGGUCUGCGAAAGGAGGAUGAAGUUUUUGGUGGCAGUCACAUUGGUCGUUGGCUCGGUGAUUUUCCUACUAUUUCCGAACGGAUCCGAGGCGGAUGAGAAGAAAAAGGGACCCAAAGUCACGGCCAAGGUUUACUUUGACAUGAGGAUAGGAGAUGAGGAUGUAGGUCGGAUUGUCAUUGGACUCUUUGGAAAGACUGUCCCUAAAACAACGGAAAACUUCAUUCAGCUGGCCACUGGAGAGAAAGGAUUCGGUUACAAGGGCAGCAAGUUCCAUCGGGUUAUCAAAGACUUCAUGAUCCAGGCAGGAGAUUUCACUAGAGGAGACGGAACUGGAGGCAAGAGCAUAUAUGGUGACCGUUUCCCUGAUGAGAACUUCAAGUUGAAGCAUUAUGGUCCAGGUUGGCUCAGCAUGGCCAAUGCUGGUAAAGACACAAACGGCUCCCAGUUCUUCAUCACCACCGUCCAGACGCCAUGGUUAGACGGCAAACACGUUGUCUUCGGCAAAAUCCUGGAAGGCAUGGAUGUUGUGAGAAAAAUCGAGGCCACCAAGACAGACGGACGAGAUAAACCUCUCAAAGAUGUCACAAUCCACGAGUGUGGCAAGAUCGACGUGGAAAAGCCUUUUGCUAUAGCUAAAGAGUAAAUUAAGUUUGGGGACAAGAUAGGACUCUGGGUUAAAGGGGAUUGAAUUUGGUGCAAAGAGUUCUAGUGGAGAGAAAAGUGUGUAUGUAUGAGCUCAUCUGGGCUCCGUCCCUUUGUGGGACCAUUGUGCACGCAAGUCCUGAUCCGUAGAGCGGUACAUCCUGGGUCAAAUUCCAGCAUUCCAAGUGGUCAGAUUUCUGACCCGCUACAACUUGCUUUGUAAACAAAUGUUCAAUAAAGGAUCCAGGUUUUCUUAAA